AAAUCGAUAAUUCUACUGUCAUCAUCUUGAUCAGGCUGGUAUUCGGAAUAUGUGUGUCUCCUGAACAAGACUAUCCAAUUGACCAUACAGAAGACCUGCCACCAGCAACUUCGUGAGCAGGAUGGCAAACCCCCGAACCGGUCUCUCAUCAUUCUCCUCUCUCCUCUUCAGACGAACCGUUCGUGUACGUUCCUCGCAGCGAAUAUUCCCCGGGUUUCAGACGUGUCGUCGACAUCAAAGCACUGACACUGAGCGCGCGCGAUCAAACGAUGACAUCCCCUCUCCGUCCUCCGAACCACCACCGCAAGAUCUUUCAUACCUGAACCCAUCACCGGACGAUUACUCCCGCUUCAUAUUCCAGGACAAAUGCCGCUCGGUCAUGUUCGCAGGGUCCGGAGGACAUGGGUGUGUUGCGUUUCUACGAGAGAAAUAUAUCGAGGAGGGUCCCGCGAACGGCGGCGACGGAGGUAGUGGCGGGGGUAUCUACAUCCAAGCGAUCGAGAACAUGACCAGUUUGCAUAAACUGGCGCGCAGAGGUGUCAUCAGGGCUGAAAGAGGGAAGAAUGGUCGCGGAAAGAGCAAAGGAGGGAAGCGAGGAGAGGAUGUUCUGAUCCAGGUCCCCGUUGGAACGGUAGUCCGGGAGGUAUCCCGGUAUGAUCCUGUCGCGGAGGAAGAGAUCAAUCAUAAAAUGCGGAGGAAACCAAAGGUCGAGGAGGAUGUGGAUGAGAUGGAUGAGAUGGGACUAUCGUCUAUUCGCCAUGACCGCUGGGUGCUGUAUCCCGGUGCCAAACCGUCGGAUUUCUUGACGACGGUGUUUCCGGAUAAUCCGCCUCGGCGGCCGCAGAUUGCUGCGUUGGAACCCAAGGCGCCGAUUCAUCUUGAUCUCUCGAGGCCUAUGGACAAACCGAUCUUGUUGGCUGCUGGAGCUGUUGGCGGAUUGGGAAACCCUCACUUUGCUUCUCGUACAAACACCAAGCCGAAUUUCGCAUCUAGGGGCGAGGGUGGUGUUCGUUUGGAACUGGACUUUGAAUUGAAACUACUGGCAGACGUGGGGUUGGUAGGAAAACCCAAUGCCGGAAAGAGUACGCUACUCCGGUCAUUGACCAACAGUCGCACGCGAAUCGGAGACUGGGAGUUCACCACGCUCUCCCCGAGUAUCGGAACUGUGGUUAUUGAUGACUUCAAAGGGAGACCGCUGGUUGAGAGCAAGUCGAAGCGAACCAAGUUCACGAUCGCGGACAUCCCAGGUUUGAUCGAAGAUGCGCAUCUGGACCGUGGUCUGGGACUGGGAUUUUUGCGUCACAUCGAGCGAGCAGGUAUUCUUGCUUUCGUGGUUGAUCUCAACGCCGGAGACCCCAUCCAAGGGCUCAAUAACUUAUGGCACGAGCUCCGCGAAUACAAACAGGUCCGCGACACUGAGCAGGCCUCGGAGGACGACACAACUUCAUUCGAUCUAUCAACACAUGGCCUCCCAGAGCUCGAAGAAGAACGACAAGAGAUGCGCGCGUCUAAGUCUAUGGACGGUCCCAUUAAUGUCUCAUUCGGUCCCAAAGACCCCCUUCCCUCUCUCGAACACCCGCCUAUCCAUACGAAGCCAUGGUUCGUCGUGGCUACCAAGGCUGAUCUGCCAGAGACUCAGCAGCGAUACAAGGAGCUACGGGAGUAUCUAUCGGGCAUUGAGAAGGGCGAGAUUGAGCACCCUUGUGGACAGCAGGAUGGAUGGAAAAAGAAGCUGGUUACUGUUCCUGUGAGCGCGAUUAGAGGGCAGGGUGUUGAUCGCAUUCCGAAGUUGGUUAUGGAGUUUUUGGAUUGAGCAAGCUAUAUAUAUGCAUUCACGGCGUUCAGUGGACGGAUACAUGACCAGUCUUUGUUAUGAUACAUUUUGUAUAUUAUUUAAAAGCCAAACUGAAUGAUGUACGAUAGUUCUUUGAAUUUGUUUACUUUGUGGUUGAGCCCUGAAUGGAAGUCAUAGAAAGGAAUAGUUAUCGGU